AUGGCGGUCCGUGGCACGAGCGCGAGCCAAGACGGACGCUAUUUGGCGCAGGAAAAGAAGCUGCUGGCGGCGAUGACGUUCCCCAAGUGCUUCGAACGGAGCGUGGACAUGCGUAAGGUCCAGCGUGAAGUCAUCAACCAGUGGAUCACUGAGCGAGUCACGCAAUUAUUGGGCUUCGAGGACGAUAUUGUGGUAUCUAUGGCCAUUAACCUGCUGGAAACUAAGGUGGACGAGAAGCUAGAUCCAAAGAACCUGCAGGUGGCGCUGACAGGUUUCCUGGAGAAGCAGGCGGGUUCCUUUGUCGAGGAAUUGUGGCAACUAUUGCUCAGUGCACAGAGCAAUCCCACAGGCAUCCCCAGUGCCAUUCUGGACAAGAAGAAGCAGGAAAUGCAGAGUAUUGCGCAGGAGAAAAACAAGCUCAAGAAGGUGUUGGACAUUAAGAAGAAAGAGAACGAAGGACAGAGUAGGCCACAGGAGGACGAUGUCAGGAACGAGCGACGAGAGAGGCGGAGAUCAAAGAGCUUACAGAGACGUCCGCGAAGUCCGCCGCGACGUUUUCGUAGUCCGAGACGCUCACCGAGUGUCAGGAGGCGAUCAAGAAGUCUUCCGCGUAGACGUAGACGUUCUCCGAGUCCACGUAGACGCCCCAGGAGUCCGCGUAGACGGUCGCGUAGCUCCCCCCCUGGACGUUCGAGACGUGGACGAUCUCGAUCGCCGUCCUUGAAGCGUCGUCGCAGAGAUCGGUAUGUGCCAUAG